GAAACACGCCGGAUCCGGCGGACAAAGCAGCUGCGCGCAUACACAAUCCCGGCGCUGGCGUGCCGCGUUGCAGGGUCGCUGUUCGAGCGCCUGCCUCUGCCUCCCACAGUCCCACCGUCCCACGCACUCGCCCUUAUCAUCGAUCCUCCCCCCGCUCCCAUCCGCAAUCCCCCACCCCCGCCGGGCCACCGCCCACGCCACGCCCCACAGCCAUCCCUUCUCACCCGUUUCCCCACUCUCGCUUGCUGUUGCUGGUUGCUGCGAACAGACACCAUCACACCAUAGACCAUACCACCGCUGCACACACACACACACACACACACACAAACCACCGGCAAUAAACAACUCCCACUGCCAGUAAAUUUCUCGGGCUCCCCAAUCUCCGAUUCGAGGAAGCCGGCCGCGGCGAUCGGGACAAGAGUGGCCCUCGACGCGUCCGCAGCUGGAAUUGCCGAGAAGCCGAGAGGGAUUGGAUUGGAGUGGAGUGGAGUGGAGUUGCGGGAGGUGGGAGAGAAGGCGCAGGCGGCGAUGGGGCGGCUGUUCCUGAUGCACCUGGACGGCAACGUCUACAGCUGCAAGCACUGCAAGACCCACCUCGGCGUUGCCGGCGACAUCAUCUCCAAGGCCUUCCACUGCAAGCACGGGAAGGCGUACCUCUUCCAUAAGGUUGUCAAUGUGACUUCUGGAGUAAAAGAAGAUCGCAUGAUGAUCACAGGAAUGCAUACUGUUUCUGAUAUCUUCUGUGUUGGCUGUGGAUCCAUCGUUGGAUGGAAAUAUGAGGCUGCACAUGAGAAGAGCCAGAGAUACAAGGAAGGAAAGUUUAUUCUGGAGAGGUACAAGGUGUCGGGCCCUGAUGGAAGCCAGUACUGGAUUGCACCAGAUGUUAACUUGGGUGGAAGCGACGCCGAUGAUGUAUGAAGCGUGAUUCAACAAGCUCAAACCUGUUGUUCGUCCCCUGUAAAUAACCUGGGUGUUGUUGCUCUUUAGUCAGCCGGGGAUUGCUCCCAUUGAAAUAAUCCCCGGCGUAAAUUGUUGUUGUUCUAGGUGACAUGAUCAUAUCCCUUCCAUUGUCCCUGGAAGUCGUUGGAUGUUUCCGUUGUAUAUGCGUGUAACCUGUAACCUGUGUUGCUUAUAAGCCCAUCGAGCUGUAUGCCAAGCGCUAAUGACCAAAUAAUUGAAGUUUCUCAUCUCAAGUA